UAAACAGCCGGUCGCAUCUAUUUCAACUCCCUCGUUUUUGAUACGUUUGUUCGACUGAGAACGAUCUGGACGGUUGAUCCUGACUGUGACACCUGUACCGGCUUGCUGAUAGGAUAGAACUCAGUGCACAUUUCGAUAGUGUGCGUCAAGAUAUCAUCGAUCCUGGCCCAUAAUUGACGUUGUGUACCUAGUGACUGAAACUAAUAUGGACAAUACGAAGCGAGAGUAUUUUGUACAUAUUUACGCUCAAACCUAAUUUGAGAGGAUAAAUGUUGUAAAGGGAAGGUGAUAGUGGCGAUAGUGAGCAGGCAUGUUGUCGUAUAUGGUGCCUGUGGAGGAAAAGCCGCCGCCGGUCCCCGGUAAGGGUCGCCUGGCGCUGGAGCUGGCCGCCAGCCCCGGCAGUCCAGAGUCUGCAGCGAGACGAGCGCGAACGAACAUUUCGAAGGAGUCCUCUUCCAGUUCUUUUGCGAGCGACCUCACCAUAUCGUCCUCAACUCCCUCGGGGAUGUUGGACAAACCGAAACAUAAACUGCUCAGCAAUGGCAGUAAGCACACAUCUUUGAAAAGGGUAUCUUUUGGCAGUUCUAAAGGAUCAAUGGUGGAGACUCUAAUCUACGAGAGUCCUCUGCAAGAGGAGCCGGAGAGCAGUCCCCCGCCUAAAGUACAAGAGACUGCGUUCCUCUAUACGCCCGUUGAAGACGAGUCGGAGCGUUCGAAGGUUCGCGUGUCUUUCUACCAAGGAGCGCGACCGCAGUGCCUGUCCCCACCGCCCGCGCAAGAGUCGCACGUUUUGUACGCGACACUGCUAUCCGCCGCAGCGAACGCUGACAUGGAACACGCUAUGUAUAAUAGACAGAUAAGCACGGAGAGUGGGUGGGACAAUCCGUUCAGGCCGGACGGUGACCUGAGUCGGGAGGCGGACGAGAUCGUCUCCCUGAUCAAGGGCGGCAAGCCGAUCACUCCAACACCACCCGCGGGCGCCCCUCUGCUCUCUAAUGAAGAGGAGAAAGAAGAGAAGACGGUCGCUAAUAAUGUACACGCUAGUCCACCGGCCUCCCCGCAGACGAAAGCGGUGAGUCCCGUGCAGCAGACGCCCAAGGCCAUGAACGGCACCAAGAACGGGUCGGCGGUGGGCGAGGCGCGGCCCGGCCCCGUGGAGGUGCAGCGCUCGCCGCCGCAGGAGCCGCUGCAGCCCGAGCACGUCACGCUCAAGAAGAAGCCCAAGUGCAAGUGCUGCGUCGUCCAGUAGGCGCCCGCCGGUAACACUCCGCUUACGAUCUACCGUCACCCUCCGGUGUUUACUCGGUGCUAUCACCCUCGUCCCGCAACCCGUACCCCGCCCCGUGCCCCGCGCCCGCGUGUCUAUGUGUUCAUCCAGUCAUCCACUCGGAACUGGCGCCAGCCGCUCGCCCGCCGGCUCCCCGCUUCACUUCUCCGUCAGUGCUCGUGAGCGUACAAACUUAUUAUUACGACUAGUCUCGCCGGUAAUACGAUUUAUACUUUAGAUUAUGGCUGUCUAUUUAAUACUAAAUUAUCGAACAUAUUUUAGAGCGUGUAAUCGUAAUCCAUAAUUAUAUUUAUGUUACGUGAAUCUCAACAAAAUUUUCAGAUAUCGAACUGGAGUUAGUGAAAUAAAUGAAAAGUAUUAAAAGAGAAAAUAACCUAUAUUUAAAUAAAUUUACAAUAUAAUAAGUAAAAUUUUAAAAUCCCGAUCGUUUGGAAUAUAAUGUGAGAUGUUUAAAUAUCGUGAUUUGAAUACACAUUUAUUUAUUUUUAAACUGUUAAUAAGUUAAAUCUGUGUUGAAUAAUAUUUAAAUACAUAAUUUAAAUGUAUAUUUUUAUAUGUUUAUUUAUAAAAAAAGUAUUAACAGGAAAAAUAGUAUGAUUACAUAGUGAUUGGACGGUAUCAGUGACUGUACUAGAUUAUUGAAAUUUAAAAUUAUGUGUCAUUUUAAUAGCUGUUUUGUAUCCAUGGCUAUAAAGGUCGUACAGGAGAUGACGCGUUGCAAGAGCGAUGAGAUAUGAGCGAUGUAAGGAGUACAUUGGUCAAUUUUUAUAGAAAGUACAGAUAAAAGACUGUUUAUGAUUAUUUACGAAGACAUACCGCCUUUAUAGCGUGUGGAAGUCGCUUAUGAGAAUAAAUCUUACGCUAUGAUCGUUAGACAUCACAUUUCCGUAGACCCGUAUAAGUGGAAUCACGCUUGCGUCCAGUAGUACGUACAUUCAGCUAAUAUUCGACGUGCGAACACCGUCACUGAUCAGUUUACUGUAUGUGUACAUUAUUAGCAUUCUAUAUACUUACUUAUAACUGUUUCUAUUCAUUUGUUUUGUUGUAAUCGAAGUGGCAAAGUAAUGGUGCUUGAAUCACUUGGUGGUGACAUUGUCUAAAUAACAAGGUGUGAUUGCAUUUCACGGAAAUAUUGAAUAUUUUAUGACAUACAAUAUCGAUAACGUAAUACUUUUCUAGAAAAUAAUAAAUAGCUCAUUAAAAUACAAUCUAUUUUUAACAUAUUUCACUGUAUCUAUACACAUGCAUGGUGUGCAUACUAGACAAUGAAACCAGCACUUUGCUACGAGUGACUGCGAGCUACUUUCGUUAUUUUCUAUCAUCAGUUAUUAUUAAUGUAAACACGAUAUAUUAUUCUUUCAAAGCAAAUAUCCAAUAGUGCUAUAGUAGUGUUUAUUUGAUAUCUCGAUAGAUGUGAUCGACAAAAGAGGUGAAAUGCGAAAAUUGAGAUUAGACAUGUCCCUCGAACGGAUUAGUUCCCUUAAGUAGAUAGGUAAAUAGAAUGGUAAAUUAAGAUAUAAUUAUCCAGGUUAUUUGUUAUUGAUGGUUAUUUAAAUAUAAAUUAUUUUGAUUUUUAUCGAUAGGUUUUGUUUUUAGUAUAAGCGCAAUAAAAGCAGAGCAUAUAAGUUUUAUUUUUAGAUUCGGUACUGAUUAGAUUGUUUGGAUCCAACAGACCUAUACUUGAACGAGUAAAAGUGAUACGAAUAGGAGUAUUCAUUUAAAAAGUAUUACUUCUUGACUGCAAUGCUGCUUGAUGUUUCCGUGUAGCAUUUACAUAAAAUAUUAAACAUUUUCAAUGGUACUAAAGUUAACAUUUACAUAUAAACCUGUUCAAUCAGUCUUCACUUGUAAUAUCUCUGUUAGGUUUAAGGAAAAUAUUUAACAGAUUGGCUACAUAAUAAGAUUCAUAUCACAUUCUAAGAUUAUGACUUCAGGGAUCAAGCAAGCUUACCGCUACUUCAUCCUCAUUAAAUAAUAAAUACUUCGGCUUUAUUUAAAUUGAAAUACUAUUUAUGUUAUUUACUGCUUGUCAAAUUUGUAACCAUGUUUUGGGUGCAUCUACUUAGGCACAAACUUUGAUUGUAACACUUAUUGUAGUUUCUUGAUAUGGUACAUGGGAGUUUUAAUUUUUUAUAUAUACUGUCUUAAAUCAAGAUUUUUAAUUUGUGGAAAGUUUUUAUGUGAUAUUUUUUAUCCCUCAUAUUUUAAGAAGUUUGACUCCCAUUGAUUAAAUGUUAUUUUAAUUUAUGCUAAUCAAAAAAUGUUGAACAAUAUCAAACAAUGGGUUCUCUUAGUUCCAUGAAUAAAUUAUUGUUUUAAAAAAAAGUGUCAUACAGAAAAAGAUUUUCUAAAAUAUCACAUUGUACCUAUUCGGCUUGAAAAAAUAUUUUUUUUAAUACUGGCGAACCCAACGUUAAUAUGUUCCUUAAUAAAGUUUUUUAUUUGCAGGUAAAAUACUGUCAUUAAGGUUCUAUAUUAUAUUCAGAUACGUUCUUCAUUUGCUACAGUAGUUUACUUUGAAUGAGUAAUUAAUUUUUCACUUUAGUAAUAAGAGCAAGUAUAUUCUUGUUUCCAAUUUAAAAUAGUUGUAUGUAUGUAUGGAAAAUAUAAAAUGACAUUAUAUUUGUAUAAAAUAUUUACUUUCUAUUAUGAUUGUCUAUCAAUGAAUAUGUACAAAUCGAUUAAUUGUAAUUUUUAUUUAUAUUAAAUCUUUAAAGCCGUA